AAUUAAAAUGCAGAAAAAAAAUACAUGGAGCCGAAAAAGCUCAUUGCCAAAUAGAAGCACACUUUCAGAAAUUAUGGUUUCAGUGGUUUGACAAAUUUCUCAAAAUGGAGAUCUUUGUUUCGGUGACCACUGAUCACUACUGUCGUUGUUGUCCAUGUCAUUCCCCACGUUUUCUUUCCCUUCAACAAAAGCUUCCCUCUGUUCUCUCGUGAAGGCUGAAGCUGACAGCUGAGUCGUCUCCUCCAUGGAUACUGUUUGUAAGUAAUCAAAAAUUUUCAAAACCCAUCAAAAGUAAAGUUUGUACCUUUCUCCAAUCUCCAAGCAUACCCACGAUUUAUAUAUAUUUAUUCCUCUGCCCCUUUCCCUUGCUUGUCCCUCAUGUCUUCCCUUUUUAGUCCCUUAAUCUAACCUUUCCCUACUUCUUUAAUAAGGAUGCUUUGUUUUUUGGGUUUGGUAUAAUCUCUGCCUCUAAAUUCAUCUCCAUCUCCUUUUUUUUUUCGGUAAAACGGUUUUAAUUUCCCGUGACACUGAAAGCUACUUGCUUUGAUUCUCUCUCUCUCUGCUUGUGAAUUCUGGUUUAGGUUUUAACUCAAAGGUUUCAUUUUGUUGUUCAAUGUUAAGCUCAAUGAAUUUGGUUCUUUUGAGUUUUUUCAUCAUUGUUCUUGGUAGUGGGUUGUUGUUACUUUCAGAGGGAGCUUCUAGUUCUUCUUCUAUGCCUCCUCCUGUUAUUAAAGUUGGUGCUAUAUUUGGUUUAAACACCAUGUACGGUGAAACUGCUAAUCUCGCUUUCAAAGCUGCUGAGGAAGAUGUAAAUUCCGAUCCUAGCUUCCUCGGUGGAACGAAAUUGCAGAUUAUGAUGAAUGAUGCUAAACGCAGUGGUUUCCUCAGCAUCAUGGGAGCGUUGCAAUUCAUGGAGACUGAUGCAGUGGCUAUCAUUGGUCCACAGACAUCAAUCAUGGCUCAUGUGUUGUCUCAUCUUGCCAAUGAGCUUACUGUUCCCAUGUUGUCAUUUACGGCUCUUGACCCUACCCUCUCUCCACUCCAGUUCCCAUAUUUUGUCCAGACAGCACCUAGCGAUCUGUUUCUGAUGCGAGCUGUUGCAGAUAUGAUCACAUACUAUGGAUGGUCGGAUGUGGUGGCGUUAUAUAAUGAUGAUGAUAACAGCAGAAAUGGUGUUACAGCGUUAGGCGAUGAGCUUGAAGAGAGGCGUUGCAGGAUUUCUUACAAGGCAGUGCUUCCCCUGGAUGUUGUGAUUUCUAGUCCAGUUGAGAUUAUAGAGGAGUUGAUUAAGAUCAGGGGAAUGGAAUCUCGGGUCAUUGUUGUGAACACUUUCCCAAAUACAGGCAACAUGAUCUUUAAGGAAGCAGAGAGGUUAGGGAUGAUGGAGAAAGGUUAUGUUUGGAUAGCUACAACUUGGUUGACUUCUCUGCUAGAUUCAAAAUAUCCGUUGGAUAACAGAUUAUUCAAUGGAGUUCUAACACUGCGUCUUCACACGCCAGAUUCGAGAAAGAAAAGGGACUUUGCAGCACGGUGGAAGAACAAGUUGAGUAAUAAUAAUAAGACUAUUGGGUUGAAUGUCUAUGGUCUGUAUGCUUAUGAUACUGUCUGGAUCAUUGCUCGAGCUGUUAAGGCACUUCUGGAAGCUGGAGGUAAUCUUACCUUCUCCAAUCAUAUUAUGAUGAAUGAUGCUAAACGCAGUGGUUUCCUCAGCAUCAUGGGAGCGUUGCAAUUCAUGGAGACUGAUGCAGUGGCUAUCAUUGGUCCACAGACAUCAAUCAUGGCUCAUGUGUUGUCUCAUCUUGCCAAUGAGCUUACUGUUCCCAUGUUGUCAUUUACGGCUCUUGACCCUACCCUCUCUCCACUCCAGUUCCCAUAUUUUGUCCAGACAGCACCUAGCGAUCUGUUUCUGAUGCGAGCUGUUGCAGAUAUGAUCACAUACUAUGGAUGGUCGGAUGUGGUGGCGUUAUAUAAUGAUGAUGAUAACAGCAGAAAUGGUGUUACAGCGUUAGGCGAUGAGCUUGAAGAGAGGCGUUGCAGGAUUUCUUACAAGGCAGUGCUUCCCCUGGAUGUUGUGAUUUCUAGUCCAGUUGAGAUUAUAGAGGAGUUGAUUAAGAUCAGGGGAAUGGAAUCUCGGGUCAUUGUUGUGAACACUUUCCCAAAUACAGGCAACAUGAUCUUUAAGGAAGCAGAGAGGUUAGGGAUGAUGGAGAAAGGUUAUGUUUGGAUAGCUACAACUUGGUUGACUUCUCUGCUAGAUUCAAAAUAUCCGUUGGAUAACAGAUUAUUCAAUGGAGUUCUAACACUGCGUCUUCACACGCCAGAUUCGAGAAAGAAAAGGGACUUUGCAGCACGGUGGAAGAACAAGUUGAGUAAUAAUAAUAAGACUAUUGGGUUGAAUGUCUAUGGUCUGUAUGCUUAUGAUACUGUCUGGAUCAUUGCUCGAGCUGUUAAGGCACUUCUGGAAGCUGGAGACAGCACCUAG